CACUUCCUCAUUGUCAGAAAUAGUUAAGCGCUCCACAGUCUUGCGACGCUUAUCUGGCUGAACUACCACACAAGCGCGCUUUGUUUUAUAUCACCUCUGUGCCUCGCAAAUGUCGAAGCCUCCUCCCAAGCCGGCCAAGCCAGGCCAAGUCAAAGUGUACAGAGCCAUGUUCAACUUUGACCCAAGAACGCCAGACGAGCUGUACUUUGAAGAAGGAGACAUCUUGUACAUCUCUGACUCAACUGACUCUAACUGGUGGAAGGGGACGUGCAGAGGAAAGACUGGACUCAUUCCAAGUAACUAUGUGGCUGAACAUGCAGAAACUAUUGACAAUCCUAUGCAUGAAGCAGCCAAACGAGGUAACCUGUGCUGGCUGAGGGAAUGUGUGGAGAACAAGGUUGGAAUCAAUGGGCUGGAUAAGGCUGGAAACACUGCCCUCUACUGGGGAUGCCAUGGAGGACAUAAAGAUGUGGUGGAGCUGCUGCUUAGCCAGCCGAAUGUGGAGCUCGAUCAACAGAAUAAACUCGGGGACACAGUGCUGCACGCUGCUUGCUGGAAGGGUUAUUCUGACAUUGUGCAAAUGUUGCUGGCUAAGAAUCCAAGGACAGACAUCAGGAACAACGAGAACAAGCUGGCUAUUGAGAUGGCCACAAACCCCAUGUGUGCUUCACUUCUAAAAAAGAAGCAGGGAGGCAACAUCACCCGCACACAGAGCAACGCCGAGGAGUAUUUGGACGACGAAGACUCGGACUGAGCCAGAUGUGUCAUAAGAUUCCUCGUCUUCCAACGGGUUUUGGACGGGCAGGGAGGGGGAGCUGGAGUUUUUCUACAGACAUCAAAUGGACAUGUUGUUCUCUUUCCAAUUGUAAUUCAUUUUGGUUCCAUUAUUUUGUGCAAACACCUCAGUUGUGAGCCCUCUGUGUUUUUUUUUUUUUUUUUCUUUUUACAGGUCUACUGCCUUGCCCAGCGCAUUUUUUGUACAUGUUGGGGAUUUGUAUAGGAGCAAUUGCUGCACUGUGGACUAAGGGGCAGAAUAUGUGUUGUAGUGCAAAUUGGAGCAAACCUCUUGGAAACGCAUUCCAAACAUACAGAUUAUGUUUAGCUCAUUUACACUGCGCAUUAAAGUGCCACUGCAGAUUAAAAGAUUGAUAUGGUCUGUGUUUGGUUAAGUUUAAAUGCUCCACUUAAAAGAAAUGAACUACAUAUGUGUAAACACUUGCAGCCCUGGGUUCUAUCACAACAGGGCACAAUUACAUCUGUUUGGGAUCAUUGCAACAUGUUAUAACGUCUCUUUAAAUGGGACGGGCUGAGGGAGCCCAUGAGAAACUUGUCUGUGUCAUCUGCUUGAUCAAAUAAAAGGAUGUGCAUAAACAGGCUGAAUUGGACGAAAGUUAUCUGAAAAGUCUCUCCCUCUCCUUCAUAAUAUCAUGCAUCUCAUUUGUUACUGUACCACAUGUUUUGGUCUGUGUUAUAACAUUUCCACCACCUCACAAACAUAUCACUUCAGUUUCUUCUGUGUAAAAUGGAAUUGUCCUUUGACUUUUCAAGCUUUUGAUUGUUUGGUAACUCUGGGAGCAAAUUUCUGGUUCUUAAUGCUGCUUUCCGACGAAUAAACUAGAUUUAAAAAGUGCCUUAGAUAUGCAUAACAUAGAACGAAUGUUUUAGUUAUGUAUCAAUGUGAACAUGUUUUGCUUCUUUUUUUCGAAUAAUUUUGUUCCUAUCUGCUUUGUAUUCAACCUGCAAUAAAAGAUUUUUAACUUAAAA